AUGGAAUAUCAGAUAUUGAAAAUGUCUCCCAGCUUGUUCAUCCUUCUGUUUCUGACACCUGGUAUUUUAUGCAUUUGUCCUCUCCAAUGUAUAUGCACAGAGAGGCACAGGCAUGUGGACUGUUCAGGCAGAAACUUGACUACAUUACCAUCUGGACUGCAAGAGAAUAUUAUCCAUUUAAAUCUGUCUUAUAACCAUUUUACCGAUCUUCAUAACCAGUUAACCCAAUACACCAAUCUGAGGACCCUGGAUAUUUCAAACAACAGGCUCGAAAGCCUGCCUGCUCAGUUACCUCGGUCCCUCUGGAACAUGUCUGCUGCUAACAACAACAUUAAACUGCUUGACAAAUCUGAUACUGCUUAUCAGUGGAACCUUAAAUAUCUGGAUGUUUCUAAGAAUAUGCUGGAAAAGGUUGUUCUCAUUAAAAAUACACUGAGAAGUCUUGAGGUUCUCAACCUCAGUAGUAACAAACUGUGGACAGUUCCAACCAACAUGCCCUCCAAACUACAUAUCGUGGACCUGUCUAACAAUUCCUUGACACAAAUCCUUCCAGGAACAUUAAUAAACCUGACAAAUCUCACACAUCUUUACCUGCACAAUAAUAAGUUCACAUUCAUUCCAGAUCAAGCUUUUGACCAACUCUUUCAGUUGCAGGAGAUAACCCUUCACAAUAACAGGUGGUCAUGUGACCACAAACAAAACAUCACUUACUUAUUGAAGUGGGUGAUGGAAACAAAAGCCCAUGUGAUAGGGACUCCCUGUUCUAGCCAAAUAUCAUCUUUGAAGGAACAUAGCAUAUAUCCCACACCUUCUGGAUUUACCUCAAGCUUGUUCACCCUAAGUGGGAUGCAGACAGUGGACACCAUUAACUCUCUGAGUAUGGUAACGCAGUCCAAAGUGACCAAAACCCCCAAACAAUACCGAACGAAGGAAACAACGUUUGGUGCCACUCUAAGCAAAGACACCACCUUUGCUAGCACCGACAAGGCUUUUGUGCCCUACCCCGAAGACACAUCCUUAGAAACCAUCAAUUCACACGAAGCAGCAGCUGCAACUCUAACUAUUCAUCUCCAAGAUGGAAUCGUUACAAACACAAGCCUCACUAGCUCAACAAAAUCGUCCCCAACACCCAUGACCCUAAGUAUUACUAGUGGCAUGCCAAGUAAUUUCUCUGAAAUGCCUCAACAAAGCACAACCCUUAACUUCCGAAGGGAAGAGACAACCACAAAUGCAAAGACUCGCUUACCUUCUGCGGCAAGUGCUUGGAAAGUCAACGCUUCAUUUCUCUUGAUGCUCAAUGCUGUGGUCAUGCUGGCUGGCUGA